AUGAACAACCAGCCACACCUCGACCUCCUCCACUUCCAACCCUACAUCCCCCGCCCAACAGCAAACGAGCUAUUCAAAUUCCUCCGUCGCGAACUCCCCUUCUACCGCGUUCAGUACACAGCACGACGCGGCGACAUCGAAACGCAAAUCAAUACACCACGAUGGACAACAGUCUUUGGAGUCGAUGAGACAUCGACAUUCAUCCAAGAACAAGACAACAACCCCAACAGCCUCAUUCUACUAGAAACAAAGUCGAAAACCCCAAUCCCGAAAACAAAAUACCAGUGCACGCCGCGCCCAAUCCCAGCUUGUCUUGAUCUGCUGCGGAGACAGGUCGAAGCAGCGAAUGCAAAUGCAAACGCAGAUAAUACAACCUCCGGCUACAAUUUCUGCUUGGUAAAUUACUACGCCAGCGGAGAUGACAGUAUCGCAUUCCACUCUGAUGACGAGCGCUUCCUCGGACCCGAGCCGAACAUCGCCUCGCUGUCGCUGGGCGGCGAGCGAGAUUUUCUAAUGAAGCAUAAGCCUUUGGUGUCCGGGGGAAUUGUAAAGCGGACGGCGGGUGGAUGCGUGCCUAGUGCUGCAGACGCAAUGUCCGGGCCGGGUGGUACCAGUGCGACGCAGGCGAGUUGUACGGUUUCGGGUGGGACAUUGAAUACCGUCUCUUCUCCUGGAUCCAGGCCUGCUGCUACGGUGCCACUGCAGCAGAUCAAGAUGAGUCUUGGGUCAGGCGACAUGGUUGUUAUGCGCGGGGCGACGCAGUCGAAUUGGUUGCAUAGUAUUCCUAAACGGAAGGGGAAAGCUGGGGAGGCGACGAGGGGGCGGAUUAAUAUUACCUUUCGGCGGGCUGUUGUUCCUGGCGGGACAAAUAAUUAUUAUCAUUAUAAUGUUGGUAGUGGGGGGAUGUAUCAGUGGGACGAGGUUGCGAGGGAGAUGGUUCUGCGGGAUAGGAAGGCAUAG